AUUUAGACUCGAAGAAUCUCUUUCUAACUUUUUGGCAAUUUGUCUGAUUUUCCACGUGAGAACGUGUACGUUUCGUGUUGAUAUGACGCAGGGUGGAGCUCAAGGUAAACAUUGCAUCACGAUUUCGUCACAUUGGUUUCAUGACGUCCUCGUACUAGAUCGGUUUAUAUAGCGAACUACCUCUCAGGAUCUGAUCAAUUCAACUGCAUACUAUCAAGUUUCCAAAUACGAAGACCAAAUCAUCAAAAUGCCACCAAAACGCAAAGCAUCGUCGGAGAACACCCACAAUACCCGUUCAACAAAAGCUGCAAAGAAAACUGGCAAAGAAUCCCUCUCAGCAGCUAAAGAAUCUUCCUCAAAAAGCUCCAAUUCCACGAAACCUGCAAAGAAAGGAACCAAAGAUACCUCUACCAAAGAGAAAGACAAAAAUAACGCUUCUUCCAAAACCUCCAAAGACAAAGAUGUACAUCUUCCCAAUGACCUGUCUGCUUGGGAUCAGCGCUAACCACUGUCUUAGAAAUCUUCAAAGGUAUCUUAUAUAUGUCUCGAAUGGCCUAAUCUCGCCGAGUUCAUCGACUAUGAAGACCAAGAUAUGCCAGGAGUUGGUGAGAAGUUUGAUAAAUGGGUUGAUCGUGUAUCAGGUAAGUCAACAUGGUUCGCCAUCCUACCUCGUAUGAAUACAACACUUUGAUACAGACCGCCGCAAAAUCUGCUCUGUCCCUCCCAUGACGUCCGGUCUAACGUAAGCGUAAAAUAAACUAACAUAACGAUGAACAGAUCUAGGCAUCCCUGUCACAGAAGAUGGAGGCGCUAUCCUCGAAAAGCUUUCCGACGAAGCAGAGAAGAGAGACCAAGAUGCAAGAGAUAUGUACUUGUAUGAAGAUUGGAAUGGAUGGGGUGUCUCAGAAAUAAUGAGCAACUCGUUGAAGGAUCUCGAUCGCGACCUUUCAAAGAAGUCUGUUACUCCGUGUGAACUUUGGGCUUAUGUGGAGGGUUUCGCCUGCUUUACCAUCGCUGAGGAUUUCUACAUGACCUGUUGGAUGGGUAUGUCUUCUAUUUUACUUCCCGAGAUCGUCGCUGACAGGAUGAAGGUAACGAGAAUGGCCCUGGUGUGGAAGCAGAAAUCAAUAUGAUUGGAAUAAUGGUCCUUACCACGUUGCAGAAGCUCUCUGAUCACGGUCUACUCAAACCCGACUCAGAGAUCAAGAACAUCCCUAUCAUGUGCCUUUUGCUUCUCGAGUUUCUCCAUGGUUCUGCGCAGGACUUUGUAUGCGGGUGGGGUUGCGAAGUAGUUCGCUUUUGCGACGAAGCUGGGAUCGACCUCUCAAAACACCUCAGAAAGCAAGUAUCUGUCAAAGCAGACUACAUAGAUGAAGCGCUUGCAACGUAUAGCGAGAAGAAGGAAGCCAGUGACUAUGAUCAAGGUGACGAUGGAGAAGGAAAUGGCUAUAAAGCUUUUGCAAGGAAGAAAGAUUGGAAGCCCCAAGAUGAUUGGAGACCCGCCAGGGCAGCUCCAUACGACGAUGAGAGACUAUGGUAUCGCUGGGAUUGGAAGAUGGAAGUAAGUUCAUGUUACUUCGUCAAAUAUCCUGUACAUUAAUACUGAUCCAAUCAUAGUAUCCACCAUUUAAAAAGAAUCAUCCAGGCGGAAAUCAUUACGAUUUGACCAAGAAAGGCAAGGCUUGGCGGAAAGUGCGCUCUUAACUGGGAGAUGCCGAGUGCCAAUCAUAAUCUACAGGAACAGCGAAAAUAUGUGCAGCAGCCUUGAAGAAGGUUAUUAUAUCAUGCUGAUGUAUUACUUGUAUUGGCAAUAGCAAU